AUGACUGCAUUUGGCUCUCGCACCAGCAGCGCCGGCCAGGCUGCCGACUUGCGCUCUACCCGUCUCCCACCGCGUCUCUAUCCCUCUUACCUACCUGACCCCAUCCUUGCGGCGACGUGGUCGGAGGAUGGCGCGGUACACGACGUCUGCCGGGCUCUCAUCCCUCGCUUCCGGGAGCCGAACACGAUUGUGGUCUUCAAAGCUUUGAUUGUGCUCCAUAUGAUGAUACGUAACGGCUCGACCGACAACGUCUUGUCGUAUCUGUCGUCGUCGGAUGUUUUGAAGCUGAAGAACAUAUCGUCGGUGAACUGGGAAGGAUAUAAUGCCCCACAGAAUCUCCUGAACUACGCUACGUAUCUCGACGCGCGUAUACGAGCUUACGCCCAACUGAAGCAUGACGCGAUCCGAGUCCAGUCUGAGACCAAUCGGGACAUGAGGAACUCGGCUGCGAUUGAGGAAGAGCUAGGCCCGAGGCGAGCACGACCGAGGGCGCGACCAAGAGAACCACCAAGCACUGGCGUGCAACGGAGCAAGACGCUCGCGGGGCGGAAACUACGAGUGAUGACGGUUGAGAAGGGUCUCCUGCGUGAGACCAAGAUCGUUCAGAAGAUGAUUGACGCACUCCUCGAGUGUCGGUUCUACCUUGAUGACUUGGACAACGAGCUAAACAUCACGGCUCUGCGGAUGCUGGUGAAAGACCUAUUGAUCCUCUUCCAGGCAUGCAACGAGGGUGUGAUCAAUGUCCUAGGUGUUGAUGCGGAGGAGGCACUCAACCUCUAUCGCCAUUUCUGCCAGGAAACCGAACGCGUGGUUGAGUAUCUUGGCGUCGCGAAGAAGCUGCAAAACAUCCUCAAUGUACCAAUACCCAACCUCCGCCAUCAAAACCGGAUCGAGUACAAGGCGAACAAAGAAGCUGCAGAGCGGGCGGAAAGGAAUGGCACCGUGCCACCUGUGCCAAAGUCGAAGACGCCAGAGAAAGACCGUCAUGUUGACGAAUCUUCUUUGUCCAGCGCCCGAGGCAGCACCGUCGACUCCAAUGAUCCCACAACCGCUCAAAGUCCAGGGGCCAAGGCUCCGCAGGACAUGAUCGACUUCUUCUCCGCCAUUGAGAGUGAACAGCAGACCAUGUUCAACCCUCAGACUAACAGUCCAUCCACUGCGUACUUCCAACAUCAUGCUCUGCACAAUCCUUUCGCGCAGCAACAGAUGCAGAUGAUGACCGGCGCGCCCUCCUUCGGUGGUGCACAACCAUUCACCCAGCCGCAGAUGCAGCCCCAACCUACCGGAUUCGUCAUGCCGCAGCACACUACGAACCCGUUCGGCCUCCUCCAGCAACAACAGCAGCAGCAGCAACAGCCUCAACAGCCGGCACCCUUCCUUCAGCCACAGCACACGGCAUUCCUCCAGCCACAAGCUACCGGCGUGAACCCGUUUCGGCAGAGUAUGUUGAUGCCGCACACGACAGGAAUGGCCGCGUUCGGCCAGCAGCAGCCUCCAAGUACGAACCCAUUCCCGGCUCAGAACACUGGACAGCCUUUCGGUGGUAAUCCGACGAUGCCUCAGUUCAACAACGCCUUCUCGUCGCAAAUCGUGGCACCAUCCGCUCAGCAGCCGAAUGCUGUCGCGACAAAUACUGGUCCGGCCCGUCCAGCAUCUGCGCCACUCACAUCGAUUCCUUCUGCAUCGACGGGUGAAGACCACCAGACGGGUUCGAGGAAUCCGUUCGGCGUGCCCGUAUCGACGCCACCACCCAUGCCGAAACAGCCUACUUUUUCCUCUGGGUUCAGUGCGAACGGUUUCGGGUCUCAGCUGAGCUCCCAGCCUACCGGCUUCGGUUCGCAGCUGAAUUCUCAGCCCACUGGCUCGGUGAUGACGAACACGGCGUCUACGACGACCGGCUCCACCUUCUCUGAUUCCCUUUUCUCCUCCUCGUCAUUAUUCAGUCAACCCACGGGCGCGACGGUCACGUCGUCGGCGCCGUCCAUCGCCGUCUCCCCCGCUAACCCCCUGCAACCGCAGAAGACGGGCUUCAGCAGCGGGCUCAAGGCGUUCAAGCCGUCGUCUACGUUUGGCGCUGCGCUCCUUGAAUCACUCCCGCCUAUACCGCAGUCCGCCCCAACCACACCCGGGGAGUCGCCCAGACGAAUUCCCCCUUCCCAACGCAGAACGGGAAUGCGAGCGCAAGUCAAGCCCACCGGGGCAUUCAGCUCAUCCUUCGCAGGCCUGGGCUCCCAGCCCACUGGUGCGCUGAACUCACAACCGACGGGUGCGUUCGGCGCCCUGGCUAAGUCUCCGGGUGCUGGCCUCCGUCCACAGAUGACAGGUGGUGCUGGCGGAGCAAACCCAUUCCGCGCAUCGAUGUUUCCUAUGACCACUGGUCUGCCAAAUGGGAACUUCGACACCUUCUUUCUUGGCUCGUCGACAACGGGCGUCGGGAGCUCUCAGUUCGGGAUGAGCACAUCGUCGAGCGCACCGUCAUUUGGGAACUCUCAGUUUGGGUUUGGGCAGGAUGCUUCGAAACUGCAGCAACAACAACAACAACAGCAGCAGCAGCAGCAGCAGCAGAAUGGCAGUGCUUCUUGA